AUGGCAGGCUCAUCGCGUGGUGCAACCAAGCGGCUCAUGACCGAGCUGCAGACCUACCAGAAGGACCCAAAUGAGGAGCUACUGGACCUUGGGCCGGCAGACGAAGAUGUGAUGCACUGGAGAGCAGUCAUGAAGGGCGUAGAAGGCACAGCAUACGAAGGCGGCACAUGGCUCCUCGAUAUUCACAUCCCCUCCACAUAUCCCAACUCGCCUCCCUCCAUCCGCUUCAUCACACCCAUCUGCCAUCCGAACGUCGACUUCAAGACCGGCGAGAUUUGCCUCGAUCUCCUCAAGACAAACUGGACACCCGCAUACACCAUCGCCACGACAAUGACAAGCAUACAUCAACUUCUGACAAGCGCAGAGCCGGACAGUCCACUCAAUGUUGACAUUGCGCAGUUGUUCAGACAGGGCGAUUACGUGGGCGCUGAAGCGCUGAUCAGGUUCUACACGGAGACUGAGAGGUAUACUGGCAGAGCAAGAUGA